UGCAGGAAGUGGCGCAUGACGGCUCACUCGGCACCAUGGCGCCUCUGGAUCUGGAUAAAUAUGCGGAGAUCGCGAAGCAGUGUAAAUACCUGCCGGAGAACGACCUGAAGAGGCUGUGUGACUAUGUGUGUGACCUCCUGCUGGAGGAGUCCAACGUCCAGCCCGUCUCCACCCCGGUGACCGUCUGCGGGGACAUCCACGGACAGUUCUAUGACCUGUGUGAACUCUUCCAAACUGGAGGCCAGGUUCCAGACACAAACUACAUCUUCAUGGGCGACUUCGUGGACCGGGGCUACUACAGCCUGGAGACCUUCACCUACCUGCUGGUGCUGAAGGCCAAGUGGCCCGACCGCAUCACGCUGCUGCGCGGGAACCACGAGAGCCGGCAGAUCACACAAGUCUACGGCUUCUAUGACGAGUGCCAGACCAAGUACGGGAACGCCAACGCCUGGCGCUACUGCACCAAAGUGUUCGACAUGUUGACCGUCGCAGCCCUGAUGGACGAGCAGAUCCUGUGUGUGCACGGCGGCCUCUCCCCCGACAUCAAGACCCUGGACCAGAUCCGGACCAUCGAGCGGAACCAGGAGAUCCCCCACAAGGGGGCCUUCUGCGACCUGGUGUGGUCGGACCCGGAAGACGUGGACACCUGGGCCAUCAGCCCCCGAGGGGCGGGCUGGCUCUUCGGGGCAAAGGUCACCAACGAGUUCGUGCACAUCAACAACCUGACGCUGAUCUGCCGGGCGCACCAGCUGGUCCACGAGGGCUACAAGUUCAUGUUCGACGAGAAGCUGGUGACCGUGUGGUCGGCGCCCAACUACUGCUACCGCUGCGGCAACAUCGCCUCCAUCAUGGUGUUCAAGGACGCCAACACCCGCGAGCCCAAGCUCUUCAGGGCGGUGCCGGACUCCGAGAGGGUCAUCCCGCCGCGGACCACCACGCCGUACUUCCUGUGAGCGCAGAUGCAUUCUGGGACGGCGGCGGCGUUGUGGAUUUCGUAUUGUACAGUUAGAGUUCAGUGCAUCUCUUUGUUAUUCCCGCUCGUGAUGCCUUUACACUGCAGAUGUUUUAGAGGAAGGAUUCAAAUGACGCGCCACAUGUUCAUAUUUAAAAAUCUGGAAAGAGGUUUCACUCUGCUGAGCGACGGCGGGUGCAGUGUUAUAUUUUUAUUUUGUUAUGGUUAUGUAUUCAAGCUGGGUGUUGGAUAAUAAAGCUCCGAGCAAGAGCAGAACAAUUUCAUCUAUUCGGACGUGUACACUCUGUUAUCAUGUGAUCUUAUGAAUAAACAUGUAAACCUGA